AAAAAACUAAAUCAUUUAUAUCCCCCCCUAUUCUCAACACCCUCCUAUUUCAUUAAACCAGUUGCAAUUACGAAAUUGACCUCAGCUAAAAUAAAAUUAAAUUUGAAAAUAAAGAAAAUUAAACCAGUUGCAAUUGAACCUCUCAAUUGAACCGAGAGUGGAAUUGCGUUUGCGUCUCUGCGUUGUGGAAUAAAGAAAAUCGAAAAACGAAAUCGAGAAACGAUGCACGACGCUCUCGUCCUCCACUGAGCUGCCCUCCUCCAAUUCAGUUCCUUUCUUUCGAUUUGCCUCCCCAAUCCGAAGCUCCAGAGUCGAAGAUCGAUCUUCGGUCCUAUCUAUAUCAAUCGAGUUCGCAAUCAAAGGCUGCACUACCUUCCACUGUACUGGAAAGGUGAAAACGGGUAUGUAUGUAUAAAUGUUGCAAUCCUCGAUGAGAAAACCUGAUUGGAAUGGAUGUAGAUGUUGCCGGAGGUCGAUUUGGUCCAUUAUGAGUGAAAUUAGCUGCAUUGGAGAGUUAAAUCGUAGUACAUUGAUUGUAGAUUUGAAAAUCAAUACGGCUAAGAUAGGAGAACUAGUGAAACUAUAGUAGAGCUAGUAAUACUGAUAUUUGUAGUAUAGCUAGUAAUACUAGUAUUACUGAUAUUUGUUGUACAGCUAGUUAUACUAGUAUUACUGAACGAGAACGGUUAAUAAUUAAUUAUGUUGGAAUAUUUCGAUGCAUAAUGAAUGAUAUUCAAUGGUUGUCUUGUCAGGAUCCAAUGAGCAACAACGUCAUCAUACAUUUCAGAUGCGAAGGUCACAUGUAUAGUGUAGUGAUUAAGAAUGAAGUGGACGAUAUAACUGUUUCAAUGGUAGAAGCACGGAUAUGCAAGAAGCUUGGGAUAGAUGAAAGUUCAGUGAAGUUGAAAUUGAGUUAUAUUCCACUGUUGAUUGGGUCUGAGGAACAAUUUAUCAUUCUUGAUGAUGAAGACCUUUGUGUAUAUCUAUUGUCUCUUGAUAAAGAGAACCGCAGGUGCAUAUUGUAUGUGGAAAUCAUCAGAAGAUCAGAACUCCCCGAGCAACUUUCAAGAGCCGGCAAACGAAGUUCGUUAGGUAAACGAAGUUCGUUAGGUAUGAACUAUGAAGUGUUGCAUUCGAAUGACAAUGAUUUCGGAGAUAGAGCCAUAACUUUAUAUGGUGGCAACAUUCUAGUUGAAAAACAAUCUGAGCGGGGGAUAGUGGCGAUUCAGGAGAUGUUGGAAGCAGUUGAUGAAGAAGUUAAUUUGGAUGAAAAUGGUGGUGGAAAGGAGGAUGAUAAUGCUGGUGGAAAGGAAGAUGAUAAUGCUGAUAGAAUGGAGGACGAUAAUGCUGUUGGAAUGGAGGACGAUAAUGCUGGUGGAAGAGAGGAUGAUAAUGCUGGUGGAAGAGAGGAUUGUAAUGCUGGUGGAAGAGAGGAUUGUAAUGCUGGUGGAAUGGAGGACGAUAAUGCUGGUGGAAGAGAGGAUGAUAAUGCUGGUGGAAGAGAAGAUUGUAAUGCUGGUGGAAGAGAGGAUUGUAAUGCUGGUGGAAUGGAGGACAAUGGUACACAAGAGUCAGAAAUGCGUGGAAGAUAUAUAGAGGCACCUCCUCUUGCCAAACCAGUUCCAUUUAUGGAGGCAUGGGAAGACGGUUUGGGGUUGAAAAUACAACAAGAGUUUGUUAGUAAAAAGGCAGUGCAAGAAGUGGUGGAUCGAGGAGCAUGUUCGAAUAGUUUUGGGUUUGAGGUGGUAAAAUCGGAUAAGCAGCGAUUAGUGUUAAAAUGUCCGAAGGAAGGUUGUCAAUGGGGAGUACGAGCUGCAAAAAUUGGCCGGAGUGAAACGUUCUCUAUUAGAACGUACUCGAACUUGCAUACAUGCUCUCGUGGAAGUCAGAGUAAAUGCAACUCAAGGAGGAAAGGAACACCACAGCUAGUUGCAUCUCUAUUGCAUGAUGAUUAUCCUGGACAAAUGGAAACUCCUCCUCCUAAAAGCAUUAUCGAACUUGUGUGGAACAAACUUGGUGUGAAGGUAUCGUACUCCACUGCUUUGCGAGGUAGAAACGAAGCUGUAAAUGUUUUGCGUGGGACUCCGGAAGAAAGUUACCAGAUGUUGUACUGUUAUUUGUACAUGUUGGAGAAGAUGAAUUAUGGGACAAUAUCAAGCGUGGAAUUGGAUGAGUCAGACAAAUUCAAAUAUUUGUUCAUCGCUCUGGGAGCCAGCAUUGAAGGUUUUCAAGUGAUGCGGAAAGUGAUAACAGUGGAUGCCACAUUUCUGAAAAAUGGAUAUGGUGGUGUACUCGUUUUUGCCACUGCCCAAGAUCCUAAUCGGCACCAUUAUCCGUUAGCCUUUGGUGUAUUAGAUGGCGAGAAUAAGGAGAGUUGGACUUGGUUUUUUGAGAUGUUGAAAAGUGUUGUGCCGGAUUCAUCGGAGUUGGUAUUUAUGAGUGACAGAAAUGUAAGCCUCAUAAAUGCCAUAGCUAGUGUGUUUCCGAUGGCUCAUCAUGCGCAUUGUAUAUGGCAUUUGGCGCAAAAUGUGAGAGGUCAUGUGCCAAACGUCAACAAGGAUGUUGUUGAAGCUAGAUUUAUGGACAUUGCUCGGAUUUACACAGUGCCUGAAUUCGAUGCUGCUUAUUCCGGUUUCAAGACUCGGUAUCCAUCUGCUGCGAAGUAUCUUGAGGAAAGUAGUGAGAAAGAAAAGUGGGCGAGGUGUUGGUUUCCAGGAGAUAGAUACAACAUUGACACAAGCAACGUUGUGGAGUCGAUGAACAGCGUGUUCAAAGACGCGAGGAGGUACUCUUUAAUACCAAUGUUGGAUACGAUUGUUAAAAAAACUGCAGAUUGGUUUAAUACGCACAGGCAAGAGACAGUUCGAGGAUCCAGUGAGCGGAAACUGGUGCCUCUAGUGGAAAACUUUGUGCAUGACACGUGGGGGGAAGCAGAAUGCCUAAUUGUGUCGGAGCUAAAUGCUUUUCACCUUGAAUACAGUGUCAUGGGCAGAGAUGGGAAACCGUAUUUGGUGAAUUUACUAGCCAAAAGCUGCAGUUGCAGGUUCUUUGACAUUGAAAAGUAUCCUUGUGUCCACGGCUUAGCCGCUUUCAUUUUCUACUCUAAGAAAGGUGAUAGCAAUCACGUUUUCGAUUUAGAAGAUUUGAUAUCUAAAUACUAUUGGACAGAGCUGUGGGCAUUGGCAUAUUACAGGACUAUAUAUGUGGUUCCGGAUAGGAGCCAAUGGGAUGUCCCGGAUUACAUAAAAAACAAGAAGAUCUUGGCUCCUAAGCGCAUUGAGCAGAGGGGAAGAAAAAGAGUGAAACGGUUUCCAUCAGCAGGGGAGCGUAGGCCAAGGACACAAAAUAAAAGGCGACCAAGACAAAGCCUGCAAUGGUUGCUAUUUGGAAAUCGAAAUGUUUGAAUUUUACUCUGUUCUGUUUGUACAACUAAGUCGAAUUGAGUGUGAAUUUACUCUGUUUUCUUUGUACAACUAUGUCGAACUGAUAUUGAUGCUGGUAUAACUAUCUGAAAUUGAAUUUCGAACUGAGUGUGAAUUUUACAAAGUUGCAUCAUCAAAUGAUAUUUAUAGUGAAGUGAACUAUCCAAUAGAAGAUAAAAAAUUAUUACUCAAGAAUCAAAACAACUAUCCAACAUAAGAUAAAAAAUUAUUAUUCAAGAAUCAAAACAACCACCCAACAUACUACAUACACUUUUGGACUCACUUUGCUAAAUAUGUGAAUACUGAAGAUGAGAUUUCGUUUUAGAGAUCUUAUAGACACUUUAAUUACGCGAAACACCAAUAAUCAUAUUAUGAAAUCUUAUAUAUCAUUGGACAACUACUAAAAAAAUAUAUAAAUACUUGUAAUACUGAAAUAAAUGGAAAUCACCCGAUGUACAACUAUUUGUAAAUUCUGUACAACAACUAUCUUAGGGAGAACUAAGUUAAAAUUUAGGCGGGCUUUCCAAAACAUUUUAAAUUUUAGGCGGGCUUUCUAAACAUUAUCUCUUCUACUCUCUCAUUCACCACACAUUCCUCAUCUCUCUACAACCUUUAUCUCUCCUCGACUCUCCUCAUCUUCACUUUACUCUCAAAAUUAAAAUUCAGUCAUCUUUCUCUCGAGAUGGAUCCAUGGGUUGAAAAACAGGAAAGGAGGGAGAUGAAGAAAACGAAGAAACACUUGGACAUGGUUCAAUAUACAUGCGAUGCUGAGUACGGGAUUCCAAGAUCUUGCCCAUGCGGGGGACGAAUUGUCAACGAGGUUUCAGCUAAUCCGAAAGAUAAAGAUUUCUCACCAGGCCGCAAGUACUUCACUUGCGACAAGUUUGAGGAUGAUGGUCUCCACUUCCGUCAGCCAUGGGUCAUCGGAGUUGAGGAAGAGGUUCGCCGCUUAAGGAAGGAGGUGGACGACAUGGCUGCGGAAAUUGCAGCUCUGAAACUACUUAUCCCACGUGUUUGAGAAGUGUUAGUUUGUUUGAACAACUUGUAUGUCUUUAAUUUUCGGUAAAUACAAGUCUUUGUUUGUUAAGACUUGUAUGUGGAUCUCCUUGUACGUGUUUCUUAUUUGGAUUAUGUAUGUGAUGUUGUGUUAAGUUAA